AUGAGUAAGAAAUCGUUGAGAUCGAAGAAAAGUGAUGCCAACUUUCCGAAUUUCGUUUUCAAUCCAAGCAGCCCCAGCAUCAACUUUGGCGGUAGUACACCCGGCAGCCCGGCACCUUCGAUGACUGGAAGCAUCAACUUUGGCGGUAGUCCUUUAGCCAGUCCGUCGCAAUCGUCUUUUAGCUUUGGUUCGCCAUCGAACACAGGCGCGGCUUUGAACAAAUCCGCGUCCUUCUCAUUUGGCUCUUCCUCAACGGGGUCUGGCAAUAAUGCGUCUGCCUUUAAUGCUCCAUUUACUUUCUCAGUUCCAUCCACUCCGUCAGCACUGAAUGCCAUGCCAUUUGGAAAUCCUGCCACGCCUUCACUGAGACGUGCAGAAUCGGAAUUAACGCCUUCGGCCUCACCCAGUCAGUCCGCCUUGAGACGCUCAGUAUCCGACAUUACGGCGCCUUCUUCAGCUUUCAGUUUCGGUGCAUCUGCUGGAUCCAACACGCCAACACAGUCCAACGCAUUUUCAUUACCCAGCUCAGUUCCUUCAGUAACCCCGGCUGCUACCAUGCCUACAGCUUCUGCCCCUGCAGCUACUAUUUCGUUUGGUUUACCUAAUGCUUCACAACCAACAAUGUCAACGUCGACUUCAGCCACGCCCGCAGCUUCGACGGCUGCUCCUGCAUUUAGCUUUGGUGCCACUGCUUCUGCCAAUUCAUCGCAACCUUCUGCCCCGAAUUCAGCAUCUGCGUUAAGCUUUGGCAAGCCAGCCACUUCCAACCCUACUACGAGUUCGACAACCACACCUUCGUUCACGUUUGGGGCUGCGACGACACCUUCUUCGACCCCAGCUUCUGCCCCUGCACCAAAAUCAGCAUUCAGCUUCGGAGCCGCUGCGGCGCCUGCUUCUCCAGCUGCUACGUCGACGGCAGGUACACCUUCAUUUUCCUUUGGCCAGAAGAGUGGAACGGAGACGGCGAGUCCCGGCUUUGGAGGUUUUGGCGCAAAGAACACGGCAGCGUCCACCAAUACUUUCGGUUCAUCGUCUUUGACGGCAGCCCCUGCGACGACUACCAGCACCGCCUCAUCUCUCACGUCAAGUGCGACUUCAAGUACAUCGGCCACUGCUACAACGUCAGUACCUUCAUUCUCCUUUGGGACGCCCGCAAAGACGACAUCAACAUCUACCAGUUCAGUCCCGUCUUUCUCAUUCACAGGUUCUGCUUCUUCCGCAAGCAGCGCGCCAACCACCACAGCCAGUACUACGGCAUCCGCGGCAACGACAUCUGCUACAACCACCACAACCACAGCACCGAUCUUCUCUUUCGGAAAUUCGUCAGCGAAACAAGACGAUAAGAAAGAUAAGCCGUCAUCUUCGUUUUCGUUUGGCGGCACAAACACAGCAGGCGCCACCGCAACGACCGGAUCGGGAGCCGCAGCUCCCGCUCCUGCAAUCAAUCCCGCUCAAAGUUACGAGUGGUCCUUUGCCAAGGCAUUGGAUGAUAUGCUCAAGAUCGCCAGUCAAGCGCCCAAUCAGAUUCACGCUACCUUGGUGACGCCAUCACUGGCUGCAUUACAGCAAAACCAAGUGGUUACCCAUACGAAUUUCCGAAUUGAUAACAUCAUGCCUACCAGUCGUUUCUCCGAUCUUCCGGAAGCUGCUCAGAAGGAACUGGAUGAGUUGGAACGAUAUAUCCGAGGGGAGACACAGAAAUGUGAUUACAUUGUCAAAAAGAGCGGUCCUAAGCAUGUUGAAGCUAUGGAACAAGCCAGAGCGAACACUGAGCGAUUGUCACAGCAACUGGGAGCCUUGGCAUACAGUCUGAAAAAUCAGCUGUACAACAUAGAAACCUUGUUUGAAACCGUGAAAGAGCAGCUUCGACAUGCCUUGGACGGUAGCACUAUUAUUGAAGCGUGUAAACAUCCUGGCAGCGCUCCUCAAUGGAUGUUUAGCUAUGGUGCCGAUGACGAUUACUUUGCAACACUCGCGACACAGUUCAACAAGCGAUUAGAAGAAUACCAAAAAUGCAUCUGGGAAAUUGAGCGAACUACACAGUCAUGGACACGCAAUAGAGCCCAAUCCCCUCAAGAUAUCGCGCGUAUUAUGCGUGUACAAAAUCAGACGUUCCUCGCAUUAUCAAACAAAGUGGCCGCAUUGCAUGAAAACAUGCGCUUGGAAAAAGAGUAUUACGCACGGUAUCUAAAACUGUAUUCUUAG